GUCAAAAUAACAAUUCUCGCGUUUUCCAAACGUUUGUUGCUUCGUUGUAUUGGCCUUGUUGUUUUCAGUGCAAAGAAAACAAUCGAAAAUUGUGGCAUUCCAUUGUCCAGGGCAAAUAAAUUAUUAAAUAGCAAUUAUUUAGUUCAUUCAAAUUGGAAACCAUGUCGAAAAAUCCAUCGGCUUUAGCAUCACUUACAGCAAAUUACACAGAUUCAGAGAAUGAAGAGGGUCACGAUUCCGAUGACAAUAGCCCGCGAACAGAAGAGUCCAGCGAAUCCCAAGUAAUAUUUCCAGCAUCGUCAAAACCAACAACUCCGGUCAAAACACGAUCAGUGAAUUCAACACCGUCAAAAGCAAAAUCUGGUUUACGUCUUGUUAGCUAUCACGAUGACACAGUCAUAUCAGACGAUGAUAAUGACGACGAUUCGCCGACGCAUGAGGACAUCGAAAUGGAAACAUCCGAUCGCGAAGCAGAAACUGAAUUCGGUGAAAAUAAUGAAAACGUAGAACCGACCAAUGAAGUGAAACGAGAUCGUGUUGCUGAAUAUGGUUUUGCAUUGCCACCAGAACCAAAAGGCAAGUGCCCACAAGAAUUACAAGAGAAGAUCAACAAAAUGUACGAGAAAAUGAAAACACAAAAUAUGAACAUGAAUAAAUUGAUACAGGAGCGAAAAGAAUUUCGAAAUCCAAGCAUUUAUGAAAAGCUUAUUCAAUAUUGUGAUAUCGACGAACUGGGCACAAAUUAUCCACCCGAAAUUUAUGAUCCAAUGCAAUGGACAAAUAAAGAAUCAUUUUAUUAUGAAGAAUUGGCAAAAGUACAAAAAACUGAAAUGGACAAACGGGAAAAAGAGUUUAGCAAAACGGAUAUGGUACAUGUUAAGACAAAAAAAGCUGAAGAGGAUGCAAAGAAACGAAAAUCCAAAUGGGAUCAACCAGCACCAAGUGCAGUGGCAAUUCAACAAGCAAAUGUUAUCAAAUCAUCUGGUUUAAUAACGACUAGCAUAACUGGUACAAAAGGAACUGUAAUAUCUGCAUUUGGUUCAUUACCAAAAAAAUCAAAACCAUAAUUUGUACUCUUCAAUAUCGUAUCAUAUCUCGUUAAUAAAAUGAAAACCGUUUUCGUGAAA